UUGCGCAAUAAAAAGAAAAAAGAAGCGAAUCACAGGAUAGUAUCGAGAAAAGAUGAUGCAUUUAUAGUUAAUGCGGACGAUUUGAUCGAUGACUUGUAUAAAAAAUCGUUAAACUUACCAAGACUAAAUAAGUUACACCAGGUGAAAAUAAAAGGAUCGGUCCCGAAAUUGACUGUAAAUCGAAUUUAUCUUAAAAACAAGCAAAGGCGUGAUUGGGAUGUCAAUUGUGUUUGUACUAGGAAAAACAAAAAUCUUGGAAGAAAUGAAAAUACUGUGAAAAAAAAUUUUCAAAAUCAAAAUGCAAUAAAUUGCAAAACUAUGCCCGAUAAAUUAUCGUCAAAGCCCGCAGGAGGUACGAGUACAUUUAAAAUCAGACGUAAGGGAUUUUACGGUCUGGAGGAAGACUCUUUGAUCGGCUCGUUUAGCAAUUUCAAAGCCAUUCGAUACAAAGUCUGCUGCUGUCACAUAGGCGAAGCUUCGUCGAAAGCCGUGGAAUACCCGAGAAAACGUCGCUGGUGCUUCUGCCGUCGCAUAAACAAUCGUCAGCUAAUAGAAGCUAGUCGAUUUUUACACGAUAAAAAGAUCUCGAGCGACCGCCACCACCAACGCGUCAGAAUCGUGGAAGAAUCGUUAUCGCCUCGGAAGCAGAAUAAUAAGACGAAGAAAGUCGCCGUUUGUCAUUGCAACGCCGAGUCGCCGCUCAAGAUGAUAGAUGCGCAUCGCAAACGCGUCUGUGCAUAGAGCUGUAUCGAAGUAAGCGAGCGAGCCUGUGGAUUUUGGACAAUGUCAAGCCCGUAGGCCUGAGAUGGAUUAAAACUUAUUGAUACUAGAGAAUACGAAUUUGAAUCAGCGAAAUUAUCUGUUA